AUGCUAGUUGCUGGCCAUAAGACCACAUGUUCUGUUUUAAUAUGGACAAUAUAUCUUCUGAGUCAGAACCCUACUUCACUGAAGAAAGCACAAGAGGAGGCUGAUAUUUUUCCUGGAGGUUAUAAGGUGGAUGUUGGUCUAGAUAUAAUGAUUUCUGUUUACAACAUCCAUCAUUUACCAAUGGUAUGGGAUAUGGCUGAUGAGUUCAUACCUGAGAGGUUUGAUUUGAAUGGUCCCAUGUCAAAUGGGACAAACACAGACUUCAGGCUCAUACCCUUCAGUGGUAGACCACGAACAGUCACAAGAUCUGGUUCCAGUGGCCACAAGAACAGUCAGUCUCUAGAACAUCUACUGCAGUAA